AUGGCGGAGGCGCAGAUUUCCCUGCAGUCUGUGACGCCCCUCGACAUCAAGCAACUCUCACGGCAGCAGAAGCGCCAACUUCUGCAGCGGCACCGCGAGAGCCAAACCCGCAAUGCCAACGUUGUUCUUCUGCUAGGGACGGAUCUUCUUGCCGGCGGCACCAGUGACGUCAGCGCGACGGAGCUGGCCGGCAUAUAUGAGCAGGUCCUCAUCGCCGCGCUCGACUGCGGCCGCGUUGACACGGCGCGCCGCUACCUAGCGCUGCUGCAGAAGCGCUUCGGCAGGCAGUCCGUGCGGGUCCGGCACCUGGAGGGUCUGUGUCUCGAGGCGGCCGGUGCCGCGGCGGAGGCGGAGCGGCUGUACCGCGCCAUUCUGAAGGACGCGCCGACGGACGACUUCGCGGUGAUGCGGAUGUGCGCGAUGUUAAAGAGCGAGGGGAAGUACCGCAAGGCCAUCGAGUUUCUAGAGAAGCAACAGGUCUACACGGAUGAGAACGGAGAGAAGCACACCUACCUGGAGAUCCACCGCGGCAACAGUCUCUCCGCGUACCGCGAGCUGUCGAAUCUCUACUACCUCUGCGAGGACACGCAAAUGGCGCUCUACUAUGCCGACGAGGCGAUGCUGUUCAGCAGUAGCUCCUACCUCUCCCACACGCGCCUCGCUGAGCUGUACUACAUGGCCGGCGACUACAAGAGCUGCCUUGUUGAAUACGCGCAGUCGCUGCGGCUCAACGAUCACCCAAACAAUUGCCGUGCGGCGUACGGGCUGUGGGUGACUGCCAACGAGGUGGUGCGGCAGGCAAAGGCGCCGCCGAAGCGCACAGAUGCCGAGCAGGCCGAGGCGGUUGAGCUGCGCGCGUGGGCGGAGAAGAAGCUGCUAGAGAUGUACAAGGGCAGCCCGAUGCUGUCGUCCGUCGAGGCGAUGCUGCGGCGCGGCGCCUGA